CAAGAUAAACAGUGAGGAAAGGAAGAAGAGACCUCCGCAAGAGUUUUUUUAUCCCAAGCGACAUCUUAAGUGUAAGUUGUUGAGCAGCUGUGCGUUCUUACCCAAGACUCAAAAAGAUUGUUCCCAUUCGCUUGUCAUAUAGCUGUUCUGUUGACUAGUAGCAAACAUAAAAGUUUGAGAACCUGAACCACUAUACGUAAAGAUACACUGGUAUCGCAAAUGCCAGGUUCUUCUUAUUUUGCGACGUAACAUUUGCCCCUAAUCUCAAGUUUAUUUGAACCGCAGAUUUUAUCCAUUCUCGCAAGAAAAAAGUACCGACGUCAACCCCUAAAAUAAAAUGGCUCCCAACAACAAGAAGAACCACGGCGGGCAGCAUCCCCCCGGCACCACGACUGGUGGCCACAAUUCCCCCGGCACCACGACCCGCUUCAAAGAGUCGGAUACCAACAAGCACUUGAAUCACAUCCGGGCCAGCACCGCGCACAACGAAAAGCUCGACCAAUUGAUCCAGCACGCGCAGGAAGCCGACGAGCACGGCGGCGUUUGCCGGGAGAUUUUCUACGCACACAUCCGGGACUCGUUAAAAGGCUGCAUCUAUCCACUGCAAAUAUGUCAUCUGGGUCUGGAAACUUGUGAUGCAUAUUAGUGCAUAGGAAGCACAUCACUGUAAUGCGCCGCCAAGCAUGACAGAUUGUUCCGUGGCUUUGUGUUGCGUAUUCCGGCGCAUGAGAAACAGCGGUUUUGCAUGACAGACCAGACGAGCUCUUGCUGGCUACGCAAUACAGAACUUAGUCUCAUCAUGCCAGACUAGCAUGACAAAUCUCGCAUUCUUCCAGACCCAGACAUAUUUGCAAUCCAUAGCAUCUUCGUCGGGCACAUCAACACGGAUUUAGAUUCCGUUGCGGGUGCGAUCGGCGCCGCGGCUUUGUUCGAUGGGAUUCCGGCGAUUAUGCAUUGCAAAAGCAUCGUGCUAGUACUGAUCGCGUUUAUGCAUUACAAAUCUCUCUAUUGAGGCAAAUCCGCAUUACAAAUUUAUUUUGUAAUGCUAAAUGAAUUAGAAUUUGUAAUGCAAUUCAUACGUAGUACGAUACUUUUGCACAGGAUAGCGAUCAGCGAGAACAAAUUGAACGGGGAGAUUCUAUUCGCUUUGGAGGAGUGCAAAAUUCAAACCCCGGAGUUGUUCGAAAACAUCCCCAACGCAAAAACCACGGCGAAGGUCUGUCUCGUAGAUCACAGCGAGGAAAAGCAGAUGACGCCUUUUCUGAAAAAGGACAAAAACCGGGGCAGCCGGAUCGUCGGGAUCAUCGACCACCACGCGCUGGCGGAGUCGUUCUCGACUUCAAAACCGCUGUUCAUGGAUCUCAGGCCCUGGGGCUCGAUGUCCACGAUUGUCACCGUGCUGUUUUUGUCGCACAAGAAGUUUCUGCCCCCGAAAAUCGCGAAAUUGCUGUUGAUGGCGGUCUUGUCGGACACCUUGAACCUCCAAUCAAUAACCACCACCGAGCCGGACCGGCAGGUUGUUGCGCUACUCUCCAGUUACGGAAAAGUCCCCGAUCCGGACAAACUCGCACGGCAGCAGUUCCAGAAAAAAACGGAUUUCAUCGUGAAUCUCGGGGCGUACGAGAUGAUUCGGGGGGAUCAGAAGGAUUUUUCCAUGAACAACUGGAAGGUGGGGAUUUCCGUAUUGGAAGUGACGGACGUCGAGCCGGUUUUGAAAGUAGCGCCGGAGAUCAUGCUGGAGUUGAGGAUGUUGAAAAAGGAAAAGGGGGAGGUCGUAGAAACGGCGGAGGAUGGGAGUGAAAUUUCCAGAACAAGGGACUACAAGAGGGAAUUGGAUUUCGCGUAUUUGUUCGUCGUGGAUAUUCUGAACGAGAAGAGUUACCUGAUUAUCGCGGGUGGUCGGGAAUUGGUGUUGGCCAAAAAGGCGUUUCCGGAUGGUAUAUUAAUGGUUUUUGAUGUAUUUUGUCAUGCAUGCUGUCCGUAACUUUCGUAAUUUCUGAUGCAAACACACUAUACAAAUCCUUCUUGAAUCCUUGACCUUUAUCACACAGCCCCCUCCCUCGGCGCAGCAGUGAAAGGGAUUCCGCCCCCGGGAAAAACCAUCAACGAAGAGGAGACCUUGAUGACCAUGAAACACAAGAUGGUGUCCAGAAAAGCGCAGUAUGCAUUGCAAAGGUAUCGUACUAGUUGUAUAAAUCGCAUCACAAAUUAGCUCAGCAUCACAAAUAAAAUUUGUAAUGCUGUUGGACCUUAGGAAAGAGAUUUGUCAUGCAUAAACAGCAAUUGCUACGAGUACGCAUAACUUUUGCAAUGCACACGAAGUUCGCGCCCGCAAUUCUGGAGGCGUUGGCGGAUCCGGAUUACUCCUGGUGUCACAAGCGGUAUGCAAGAAAAAAACUGUGUAAGUGUAAGUCUGUGAUGCAGAAAAUGCAAAACAGUUGCACUUGUCAUGCUGGACAUGCAUCAGAGGCUCUUUCCGUACGUGUUUUCACGUGCUAGCCGCGCAUGCCAGGCUCUCUCUUUCAUGCAGAGCAAACUUGUGAUGCUAUUCCUCCAAGAAAGUUACACUAACACAAUUUUUUCCUUGGAUACGCGGCCAGUCGCUUUGAUGUCCGCGUUGGAGUCCGCCAAUGAAAAAGCGAAGGACUACUCGGAAAAACUGUACUCCGAGUGCCAGGAGCACACGGUCAUCAACAGUACCAAGGUCGUUCGCGUCUCCAGGAUGUUCUCCAGGGAGUUGGAGGCCGUGGGGCACACCAGUCACCCCAACUCCCCCUCCGGAACCCCGAAGAGCCAGCCUAUCAAGUGCAAAAAUGUCUGGGUCUUGAAGAAUGCAAGUUUGUCAUGCUUGUCUCACAUGACUCUUGAAUUUGUCAUGCACAUUGCCCAAGAGCCCCAUUUUUCUGUCAUGCAGAAACGCAGUUUGUCAUGCAGAAUAGGCAACACCUAGAAGCUCAGAAACUUGUCAUGCUGAGCCAGCACUUCUGGUCUCCUCAUGAUACGCCACCCAGCAUCACAAGUUUCCAGACCCAAACGUUUUUGCAUUUGAUACAGCCCCGGGAUGGGAAAAACCCAGCGAAACAGCCACGAUCCAUGCUGCCCUCGGUGAAGAGCGGGGAGUUUUUAUCACGAGGAAAAAUCCCCCCUCCCCAUAUCAAAAGGAAGUUUCUGAUGCUGGAUUUGCGUAUACAAAUCAGGUUUGUCAUGCAGUAGAGGACAGCAGUCUCCUGCCGAGCCUGAGUAGAGAGCUUUUGGCCUAGGCGCUUAGAAUGAGAAACGUCCACGCUGUAGGCCCAACAGCAUCACAAACCGCCUGCAUAAUGCGGCAGAGCCUAUGGAGUUGUCUUCUUGCAAGACAGACGUGAUUUGUGGUCUCAAAUCAGCAAGACAAAUUUUCGGAAACAUACCUUUUCGAUAUGGGGAGGGGGGAUUUUUCCUCUCAAUAGUUUUUUAGGGAGCCGACGGAGAGUGGGCAGAGCAGCGGAAGUCGGGAUUCGACGCCAAGUCCGGAGGUGAGAAAGGAUGGUGCUGGUGAAGAUAAGAGGACUUUCUCGCCGAAUGGGCGGAACCGGUGCUGCGUGUAG